GUUGAGGCGGUGGUCGGGCCCAUGGGCGGGCCCCGCCGCUCCCGAAGGGGACCUAUAUAAGUUGACUCGCGGCCGGUGUAACGCGAUCCUAUAAUACAAUCGCGUCUGCCUCAUCAGCAACCAGACAUGCGACUUCCCGUACUGUCUCUCUUGUUUUGCGCUGGCCUUGCGCUCGCCCAGCACAAUCAGUACCAAGUAACCACACCGGUGCCCAUUUUGAAGCAAAUAAACAAGCAUAAUGAAGACGGUAGCUACAGUUAUGGCUACGAAGCAGCGGACGGUUCUUAUAAAAUCGAAUCGAAAUAUCCCACCGGCGAAGUUUACGGGAAAUACGGUUUCGUUGAUGAUACUGGGAGUAUUCGCGAGGUUGAGUAUGGGGCAUCCAGGCGAGGCUUUGAACCGGCUGGAGCCGGAAUAAAUGUUCCUCCGCCAACGUUGACCGGAAAUAGCAUCGCUAAUCCUAACGAACCCGAGGAUGACGGACAGUAUAGAGAGGAUCCCUCUGUUUACUAUACUGAUCCCCGAUUUACUAAUGGAGAACGCUAUGAGCCGUCCCCUCGUCAACCAUUGAUCCAGAAACCACAACGGCCACUUCCGGCACCAAUUUACAAUCCACCCAGGUAUCCUCCCCGUGUGCAGUAUCAGCCGAAGCCGCAGUAUCAACCGGAAUAUCAACCGCAGUACCGAUCGCAAUACCAACCGCAAUAUCAGGGCCAGCAACAACGGUCUGUUUAUCCGGCCGCCCCGAUCCAAAGCGGACCCCAAGGUCGUCCGGCGCCCAACGUCGAUCCCAAUGCCGGGCUAGCCUCUUACACGGUUAAUUACAGGCGAUAAACAUCCUCCGAUCGCAUCGCCACGUGUAAAUACCAAGUUCUACUCGCCGAUGAUCCGCGGACAUAGAUUUUUUUCUGUAGAUAGGGCCAGUUUUUUCUGAACCAAUGGGAUUCUGGGAAUAACGAUAACAUUAUUCAAGCUUAGUAUUUCACAAAUAUUUCUCUAUUAAUUGUUGCAAAUUCUAGGCUCAUUCUUCUUGAACUGUCACAUUUGAUAGGAUUCACCCUUUUCUUCAAAGAUUGGCACAUCCAUUAGUGAGAAUUUUUUACUCGAAUGUUCAUGGAAAAUGGAAUAUUUUAUCAUCGAAGAAUUCUCUGAUGGUGCCUGUACUAUAUAACACCGAGAUAUACAGAAAUUACUUAUGUAAACUUUUAAGAGAUUUCGAUAGAAAGUAGUUUCUAUGAAAUGGGGUUGCGAGGAUUAGGGGUAGAAUAGCAAAAGGUUAUGUUUUUUAAUAAGGAAUAUAAAUUUGUAAUUCGAUUAUAGAAAUUAUUAGAAAACGAUACUUUCAAGGUUAUUUUCACUCCUUUGAUAUGAACAGUGGUUUAUAAAAAGUGAAUGUAUCAAGUGUCUUAUGAGAACUACUUUCUAUCGAGUCCUUAGUAAAUUUGGUGUCUAUCACUUAUCUCUAUAGGUGAUUUAUUUUACAGUUUGAGGAUAAUUUUCUAAUUCCACUUACAACCUGACCGCAAAUUACCCUGUUUUCUUCAGGAACAGUUAAUACCUCAAUUGACGUGUCAAAGAACGUAAAUCUUGUUACACCAUCGAACGCACGAAUCUUUAACCAUUAUCGUUCAUCAUUAAAGAAUACUUUUCGUGGUGAAACACGCCAUCUUGCACACUGCAUGCUAGCUAUGCCUUUGCAUUAAUGUAGUACGCUCAUGACUCUGAUCUUUGCACUUGUUACACUUUAAGAGUAGUUCCUGCAUAAAACUCUACCUCUCUUUUACUAUUCUACCUGUUUUUCUACCUCUCAAAUGCUUCCAUAACUCAUUCGUUCGUAUUUCUUACUAGCACGCGAGCUCUUCUAGCAUUUCUCUGACUUAGUGCUCAAAACAACGUGUCUCGAAUUACCUCUUUAGUGGUGAAAAGCUGAAGUUCACACACUUGAUCCUUUCGCUGCUGAAACAGUAGACUCGCUGACCUAGAAAAUCGCUAACUAAAACAUACACGGUAUUAAAUCAAAGUAAUUCAUCUGAAAGUUAGUAAAAGGGCUAAAAAUACUUUAAAAUUCAUAUUAGAUAAAUGAUUCUAUACAUACAUAUGAUUUUCUAUUUCAGUGACUCGAAUGACUUCCUUUAUUGUUCUCUGCACUGCAUAUAUUCAUUACAUUUAAUAAUUUCUUUGUUACAAUGUGUAAACUAUUUCUUUAGCAACCCUUUCGUAACCAAUGAGACGUUCGCAUAUCACUUGAAUAAUUCACGCAAAAUUGAUUUGAAUUUGGCAUGAAUUAAUUGAGCUUUAUAUAGGUAGUCGAACAAUGAAUUAUUAAUAUAAAAUUUUACUUUGUAAAAGGAAAUUAGUCGUGUUACGAGAAGGUUUAAACGCUGCUGCGUUCUUCCGCGUUGUCGAUGACGAACGGGGUGAAUAAUUUGCCAGGUAUGCAUCGCGUGAAAUGGAAUCCCGUUCAUGUUAAUCAUCAUGUCGCAGGAAAUUACGGGUGCAAUCAUGGGUGAACUUGAUUCUUCGGUAAGAAAAAAAUCGCGACGUUGAAAUACCUUCGUACGACCUUCAUGUGAUAUCGAUCGAGAGUGAUGCAAGUGAAAAGAACCCGUCCCGACGCGGUCGAUCCACGAUGCAAAUCUUAAUUCCAACGACGAGAUUCUUGCGGAAAAUUCAGUCAAUCCGCAUAAAAUUGCGCCGAUUUUCCUUCGCGACGAAACGAUUAGAAUUUCAAAUUUUUUCCGCGUAUCGAUACAUUCUGGAUCACACACGAAUAAUAGGGAGUUAACGAUCGAUAGCUGUCUGAUGCAACUGAUUCUAAAUCUAAAGUACAAGUAUUAUAAUUGUGAAACUUUAUAUUUGGAAUGGUCUACGUUACGAAUAUUAUAAUAUAUGU